CUGGAUUCUUCCAGGCCAAGUAGUUCCUUCCACUCGCCGAGAGAAUGCAGCACUUUCUAGAAGGGGAUUCAAACCAAAUUAUCUUGGAGUUUCAACUGUACAUGAGGAUAAUCUUCCUUCUCAUGUUGACUGUCGAUAAAAGAGUGCAAGAUGGCAUUGUCGAGCUCGUUUCAGCCGCCACUGGUACAAAUUUUCAUCAGGAUAAUAUAUAAGAAAUAUGACAGAAGUGCAACGUAUAAGUAGGUGGUACUUUGGUGGAUUAGCCUCAGCUGGAGCGGCGUGCUGUACACAUCCUUUGGACCUGUUAAAGGUCCACCUACAAACCCAGCAGCAAGGAAAGAUAUCUAUUGGAAAGUUGACAUUGAGUAUUAUUCGUAAACAAGGAGUUCUCGCUUUGUACAGUGGACUGUCGGCCUCCCUAUGCAGACAACUAACCUAUUCGACGACCCGUUUUGGAAUCUAUGAGGUGGCGAAACAAGGAGUCUCGCCGAAUGGCGAAGCGAUAUCAUUUCCGAUGAGAAUUGUGCUGGCGUCAGCAGCUGGAGCUGCGGGGGGUUUUGUUGGCACCCCUGCGGACAUGGUCAACGUCAGGAUGCAGAACGAUAUCAAGUUACCAGCUGGGAGUCGGAGAAAUUAUAAGCACGCAUUGGACGGUCUGUGGCGCGUGUACCGCGAGGAGGGCGUGCGACGACUGUGGUCGGGCGCAACCACGGCCACUGGUCGUGCCGUGCUGAUGACGGUCGGCCAGCUGUCGUUCUACGACCAGAUAAAGCAGACCCUGUUGGCGACGCCCCACUUUGACGACGGCCCGAGCACGCAUUUUGUGGCCAGUCUGUCGGCCGGCGCCAUUGCAACUACGCUCACGCAGCCUCUCGACGUUCUUAAGACGCGCGCUAUGAACGCCAAACCGGGCGAGUUUAGUAGCCUAUUGCAGCUAGCAGCCUUUACUGCCAAAGAGGGGCCACUUGCUUUCUUCAAGGGGUACGUGCCAGCCUUUGUUCGUUUAGCUCCACACACCAUUCUCACGUUCAUAUUCCUGGAGCAACUUAGAAAAAAUUUCGGAUUCCUCAAGACUGAGUAAAGUUUUACAUGCAAAUAUUCGUCUUCCCGAUGAGCUGAUAAUCGAUUCCCUACGGAUAUCCAGGCAAUGUACCCCCUGUAUCUUACCUAUUUUGUGAUGGGAUGUAUGAUGUAUGUGAUGGUGUAGAUAGAUUCUAGAUACAUUUUGAUGGGUUUGGUUAAUAUUUUGGUUGUGAUCAUUAUUGUUUACAUGUAGUUUUCUACUCUAAAAGAGUAUAAUUCAUAGAUUUAUAUAUUUUUUAAACUAUCGACCUCCAAAGAACAAUCAAAUUUUUUAUCAAGUAGAUUUUCAACAUUGAAAAAUGUUCUAUAUUAUACUACUGAAUUAAAUACAAAUAUAUCUAUUAGGUACAGUGUCCUAUAUUUUGGAGAGAAAAAAUAGAAUUUUAUAUAAUUAUUUUUGUCGUUGAAUUUGGAUGUAGUUUUUCUACGUUUUGUAAUAUAUAGCAUUUAUAUAGUUGAUCAUAUCAAAAAGAGUUAUUUGUUUGAAUUUUUAUUUAUUCUGUUAUCCAGGUAUUUGUACAUUUUAUCCUAAUGUAAUUGGUAAAUUAAUGUUAUUUAGUUGAGUGUGCAUAUCACAAUCGAUGAUAAUCAAUUGAAAGUAUUGAGAUUUAAAUUUUGAGUUACCAAUGUGAAUCAUAUCUAUGAUAAUCUAUAUUAUAAUAUGUAAAAUUAUGAUUACAUUAAGAAGAAAUACUAUCUCAACUAGUAAAAAUAAAUUACUCUACAUAUUUUGAGAAGAAACUUUAUAUUUUCAAGUGUUCAUCCAAUGAAAACUAUUUAAUCGUAUUAUGAUUAAAUAAAAAACAAUUCAGAUAAAUUAAAUGAAAUUUCAUUUCAAAAUGAAAUAUAUACUCUGUUAUUCCACUUUGGAACAGAACUUCAAAAUCCUGAUAACAGUGUUCAAUUUAUUAUAAUAUUUAUUUGCAUAUAGGCAUUAGCGGGACAAGAAAUCAUAAAAUAAUAGCCUCAUAGAAAUUACAGCCUCUUUGUUAUUGAGUUAGGAUAAUUAUUUAAUAAUAAAUAUUAGUAUUCAAAUUUACAGUUAUAAAAAUUAAAAUUCAAAAAUAACUAUAUUUUCAAAAAUCAAAAAACUUGUUAGCAUGUAGGGAUGAGAACUAGAAUUUUGGAAAAGUUGUGAAAAGUUUCUAGAACUACUCAACUUAUGAUUGAAUUGAUGUGGUGCUAAUAGCUAUGAAAAUGAAUAAGUCCAACUUUUUGAAAGUUUCAAUCUUUGGAAUUAUUCUCAUAACAAUUCUAUGAUUAUGUAUUUUUGUCAUUGAUGAUGAAGAAAAUAUGAUAAUACUAUUGAAAUCCAUGACAAGGUAUUUGAAGUACCUUAAACUAAGAGAUUAUUUUUUAAUGCAUUAAAGUUGUAAGAAACUUUUAAGGUGGGGGAUAUUUGAUCGGAAAUGAUGUAGCUAUCAGAAUACAUUGUGUAAUAUAGUUUUAUUGUAGCUGUUAAUAUAUAUCAAAUCAGUUACCUGAACUAUUUUCUACCACUAUAACUUACCAUUUCAAAAGUAACUGGUUACGAAUUACAUUAUUAAAAAAACUAAUAAAGCCAAAUUUAUUAUAUUAGUUUAGUAUGGAAGCUAUUUUCAUGAGCUAUGUUCAAUCUUUUGUAAAUAUUGGAUUAUAAUCUGUCUUGAAUAGAAAAAUUCCACUUCAGUGAUUUUUAAAAAACAUUUGGGGUUAUUUGUAGGAAUAAAUGACUAACUAUUAGCCUCCUUUAGAGUCAUUUUACUAUUUCAACUUUCUUGCCUUUUUAUUAUACGGUAUCUAAUUUUCUUUAGCUGUGUUAUAUUAUGAUACAAUACAUAUGGGUUUUUUCUCAACCUACAUAUUCGUGCAAUAUAUUUAAGCAAUAACUGUGCUUAGUAUUGUUUUUUAAUACGUUUUGCAUAUAUUGUUAUUUUUGUAUUGAGCAUGCUCACAGUGCAAAUUGAAUUAUUUGUUUUGCAUUUGAAAGGUUAUGAUUAGUUUAAAAUUACUUUUUGUGUAGUUGAGAAGUUGAUAUUGUGGUAAUUAUUCAUAUUGAAUGAAAAAGACUAAGAAAUUGUCAAAAACCACGGAUUUAUUGAUACUUAGAAAGACCGGUUUCGGUUAUUA